AGUGCUGAAAUGAAUAUGCUGAACAAAGUAUGAGCUGCACUGGGACACUAUAACAAACCAAAUUUAAAAAUGCUCUACUACCCCUGUAAAUUUGCCACGUUUUCUGCUUAAGAACUUGCUCUGCUUUACAUUUAGUCCUGCAUUUAAUGACCCGUAUGGGAACUUUCACUUUCAUCUUGGUCUUCCCCUUGUUCUUUUCUAUACUAGAACUUUUUUUUUUCUGAUGAAAAGACUUGAAAACCUGCUUCCUUGAUGUGUGGGCUGCCCAUAAAGCAAUUAUCUUUCUCCCAGUGAUGCUCCCAAACAUGUUUCCUUCCUGCAGCCCAUCUGCACUAAUAUGGAGCCAGCUCGCCUGGACGUAGCAGAGACGAUCAUGCUGAUGAGGAGGCGCAGAGACGCACAAUGUGGCUCCUUCUUCAUUUCUUUUUAUCCCAAUGCUGGGGGAAACCUGAGACCAACCCUCUGAGCAUGUGCAGACAGAAUGUAUAUGAAGUUCACUGCUGUCAUCUCAAUAUUUCUGAUAUUCCCAAAAACCUGCCAAGGAGCGUCACAACACUGGACCUGUCUCACAACCGCAUAGCAAAAAUGGCCGUCUCUCGCAUGAUGCACCUUUACAGUCUUCAGAGCCUGAGCAUAGGCUACAACCAGUUGGAAGAAAUAGAACCCAGAUCAUUCCUGGCCUUAACACAACUCGAUACCCUCAGUCUUGCUGCUAAUCAACUGCACAAACACUACCAACGUCAUGAAGGGGUUUUUGCAUCACUUAAAAGUCUAAAAAUAUUAAGUCUUGCACAAAAUAACUUGGAUAGUGAUAUGGUAAAGUUUUACUUAAAUGGCACUAGUUCUUUGAGAAAGCUGGACCUAUCCAGUAACCAGAUGGUAACACUGUCUCCUGGAACCUUUGAUGGAGCUUCGGGUCUUACAGAGUUAGAUCUUGCCAACAAUGAUAUCAUAGGAAUAACAAAAGGUACAUUUGAUGCCUUGAAAACCCUCAGAGCUCUCAACCUGGCAGCAAACUCCAUCCAGUGCAUUGCAAGCUUUGAUCUCACACAGUUGCAAGUUCUGAACCUCAGUUCCAACGCCUUAGGGUUCUUCUACAGCAAUGACUCACAAAGACCUUAUCAACUUAGUACCUUAGACCUCAGCCACAAUAACCUCAAACAUUUCCCAUUUCUCCCCAAUAUUCACAAGAUCCAGAAUCUCAACCUUUCAGGAAACAACUUGGUUGAAAUGCCACCCAGUUCCAAGAGAGCUUUGGAGAAUAUGGACAGUAGCUAUUUUUUUGAAGAUGCUGAAGGCGUAGACCUUUACAGCGCUAUUGAAAAUUCCAACUAUAAUCUAUCCCACCUAAUAGAUUUGGAUCUUAGCAACAACCAUCUGACUUCAUUCCCUUGUCACUUCCUUUCUAAUGCAACCAGACUUCAACAGCUAAAUCUGGCUCACAACUGCAUUACAUAUAUAAGGGAGGAACCUUCUUCUACGGACGGGUCCAGCCAGGUGAAUAGCUGGCCUCACAUGCCUGCGACUCUAAAUUCCUUAAAGGUCCUAGAUCUGGAAGGGAAUUCUAUCCAUACUGUGCCACAGUGGCUGUUCGACUUUCUUCCUAAUAUUCAACAGCUUAAUCUCAAAGGCAACAGCAUAAUUCUUUGCUCAGAGGACCAUGCUAUGAAGAUUGAUGGGGCAUCAAAAGAAGACAUUUGUACAAACUUUCUCAAGGCACAUAAACUUAACAAUUUAAAUUUAGGUCGCAACCAUAUUAUACAACUUCCACCCCAUGUUUUCCAUCAUACGCCUUUAGUUGAGCUGGAUCUAUCAGAAAAUCCAGGAUUGAUUAUAGAAGAUUGGGCAAUGGAAGGGGUGGAAGAAACGCUACAGUUACUCUCUUUACAAGGAAACCAGAUGACUGAAUCCCAAGCAAAACUUCCAUGCCUGAAAUCAUUGAAAUCCUUAAAUAUGUCUAAUAAUAAACUAGGUGCCCUGCCCCCUAACUUGUACUGUUCUCACGUGAACACUGUGGAUCUUCAAAACAAUGAUCUUCGUAUGUUAGAUGAAAAAGCGACCUUAACCUGGGCCUCAAGCCUUACCCAUCUGCGUAUCAAAGGCAACCCCUUUAGCUGUUGUUCUCUGAACUGGCUCAAGUCCUUGCAGGCUGGACAAGUACAUAUUUGGGAUCUGGAAGAAGCACAUUGCAUCUAUCUCAAUAACAACACCACUGGGAGAGUCAAUGUAACCAGUGACCACACUGAGCAUUGCUUUCAGCAAACAAUCAGUACUUACCCUAUAAUUGCCAUUAUAACUUCAUUUAUAGCUUUGACUUUUUUUCUCUCUGUAAUUUGUUUCUUCUGUAAGAAAGAAAGACCAACGUUGACAUUAACCUGUAAGUUCAGGAGCAAUAAGGUGGCUGCAGAAACUGCCAGUCCGCCUAAACCAGUCAAAUCGAAGGACGUGUUUGUUAUUUCUACCCCUUAGUUCUCAAUCAGUCAUACAGUAUAUAGAUACAUUUUAUUUGUCAUUUGGAAACUUUAUUAAAAUCUUUAAGUUGAAGGAAA